UGUUACACUUUCCUUCCAGCUAUUGUGUUCAUCAAGCUCGUGAAACUCAAGAACUACAGAAAAUCAGAACUUCCUUUGAAACCAGAAGUUUAUCUUCACCCCAUAUGUUUUUUGUUUUCCAACAAUGAUGUUUCGCCUCUUGAUUCUCGCUGUCACAGUUUUUAACAGUAUUCAGCAAAAUGCUUUGUUGGUUCCCACCUUAACCGUGGACGAUUCUAUAGAAGAAAAUGAGGAAACAACACUUACCUGUUCAUUUCCUAAAAAAGAAAAUGUGGAUGUGAAUUUAACUAUUAUACACAAGGACAGGGGUCCUAUGAAAGACUGUCAGAAGUCAACUGUACCAUCCCACGAAAUUACCUGUAAAGCUACAUUUUGUAGGAACUCCCAUGAUACAGAGGUCAUAUGUGAGGCUUACAUUUCAAUUGCCAGCCAACCGAAAAGGAUAUAUGUUCAAUCUGACCCAGAAUUCACAGUGUGUCCAGAAAAUGUAACCUGGUUGGAGGGAGAAAAAAGCAUGUUUCACUGUAAAGCGGAGGGGUACCCAAAACCCAAUGUUACCUGCAAGGGCAACACAAGCUAUGAAGAUGGGAAAGAGUUUAUUGCCUUUAGAAACAUGUCCGGUACAUACAUCUGUAAAGCUCUGACUUCUGGUGAUAUGGUCACAAAGACCGUAUUAGUGAAUGUGGAAGUUAGACCCAGAAUAUUAAAUGCAGAGGUCUGUCCUGGUUUGAUAGUGGAUAAAGGGGCUAAUGUUACCCUGAAUUGUGAAGCAGAAGGUAUACCACUUGUCACCUAUAGCUGGAAUACUCCAACAACUGAGAUAGAGCUCUCUGCAGACAACCGCACCAUAACGAUCCAGGGUAUGGACCAAAUACAUGCAGGAGAUUACAUCUGUAAAGCUCAGAAUAAGCAUGGAGUGGACACCAAAGUGCAGACACUUUCUGUAAAAGACAAGCCUAAAAUCUUAAAAUUUGAAGCCCUGUCCAGUAUACCUUCAAAAAAAGGGGAUGACCUUACUUUGGUUUGUGAAGCAAAAGGGAUCCCAUCUCCUACCUUCAGCUGGAAGACACCCACAUCAGAAUUCAAGCUCUCAGCAGACCACCGUAGCAUAAAGGUCAAAAACAUUGGACAGAAGCAUAUUGGAAGUUACAUCUGUGAAGCUCAGAAUCAAUAUGGAGUAGACACCAAAAUGCUGAAUAUCACUAUAGCAGACAAGCCUAAAAUAUUAAAAAUUAAAGUCCAGGCUGAAUUGCCUUUGAAAAAAGGGGCUGCUGUUUCUCUGACCUGUGAGGCAGAUGGUUUCCCGCCUCCCACCAUCAGCUGGGAGACCCCAAAAUCCAAAGUACAGAACUCUCAGAACAUUGUGAUCCAGAGUGUGGAUAAAACUCACAUGGGAAAUUAUACAUGCAAAGCUCAUAACGAAUAUGGAGUGGAUACAAGGAUACAAAACAUUACAAUACAAGGAUUGAACAAAGGUGAAAUGAUUAAAACCUACUCUUCCACUCUUAAUCAUUCCAAUGAUAUGGAUUCUGCUUUAAACAAGAACAGUCUUGCUCAAGAAGAACUUAUACUGUUAAAUUGGCAUCCCUAACAGUGUUUAAAGGUUUAAGUUAUUUGGUAAAGUUACUGAAUAAAAUAUAAACUGCCA